CUCUUUGCACACUUGGUUUGGGAAAAUCUGGGAUUGAUUUUAAUGGGGAGUCGCCAGCCCGUAGCUCGUUUUACUCAUGGAUGUGCUGGGCAGCCUUCAUUUGGUUUGAGCGUCCGGCGCGGAUGGGUCCGGCUCUCCUAUCCUCUCAUCUGCGUCAUCCUUUUGUGAUUCUUCAAUAUCAUCAAAGGCGCAGGAGAGAGAAAACAGGCUGCUUUGCGUUUGGAGAGAGCACCAUCUGACAGGAAGAGACUAAAUAGUUUAGUUUGGAUCUCCCUGAAGUGUUUUUUCUUCUUUUUAAUUCAGCAACACAAACGACUUGUGGAAAGACUGGAGUCAGAGGUCAGUGAGCUCAGACACUUUCUGUCCACGGACUCACGCUAAUAACAGAAUUUGGACGCAUCUCUCCAGAGAGACCUGGCUUCUGCACAAAGUCUUCUGGGUGCAUAGAAAGUCUCAUCUCUUCAAACGUGCUGACUCAUUUUAGAGCAAAGGCCUGUGGAAGCAGAAUGAGUGAAACUUGGUGGUGCCCACUGGGCCUGUUCUUUUUGAUAAGCUCAGCCUCCACCCAUAGUUCCACCAAUCCUUUUGCAGGACAACAAACCCCUCUUGACCCAUGCUAUGACGAUACAGGAGCAGCCCGCCGCUGCAUCCCUGAGUUUAUCAACGCUGCUUUUGGUAAGGAUGUGACUGUGUCGAGUGUCUGCGGCCGGCCUCCAUCCCGCUCUUGUAGUGUUGUUGAGCGAAGUGAUGAGCGGCCCUCUGUACGCACGUGCCAAAUCUGUGAUGCAUCGGACCCCCGCCGUUCUCACUCUGCAUCCUACCUCACCGACCUCAACUCGGCCCACAACCUCACCUGCUGGCAGUCGGAGAAUCUGAACACCUCUCCACACAAUGUGACCCUUACCCUGUCAUUGGACAAAAAGUUUGAGAUCACUUACGUUAGCCUGCAGUUCUGCUCACCACGUCCAGAGUCCCUGGCCAUAUAUAAGAGCAUGGACUAUGGCAAAACAUGGAUGCCCUACCAGUUUUACUCGUCACAGUGCAGACGUAUGUACAACAGGCCAAACAAAGCAACCAUUACCAAGCAGAAUGAGCAGGAGGCCCUUUGCAGUGACGGACACACUGACCUGUACCCACUUUCUGGAGGUCUCAUUGCUUUCAGCACUCUGGAUGGAAGACCCUCUGGAAAAGACUUUGACAACAGCCCUGUCCUUCAGGACUGGGUCACUGUCACUGAUAUACGAGUGGUUUUUAGCCGGCCUCAGCUACCGCGGGAGCUUCCACUGGGCUCCGGAAGCAACAAUGGGGGGAGGGACGAUGACCCAAUGGCAGUGACAUCAACACUGCCAACAUAUUUCUAUGCAGUUGGAGACUUCCAGGUGGGUGGGAGGUGUAAAUGCAAUGGCCACGCUUCCCGCUGUCUGAAAGACAAGGAUGGCAAACUGGUGUGUGACUGCAAACACAACACAGAAGGGCCUGAAUGUGACCGCUGCAAGCCCUUUCACUACGACCGGCCGUGGCAGAGGGCCAAUGCUCGAGAGGCCAACGAGUGUCUGCCAUGCAACUGCAACCUGCACGCCCGUCGAUGUCGAUUCAACAUGGAGCUGUACAAGCUGUCAGGAAGGAAGAGUGGAGGGGUCUGCAUGAACUGCCGUCACAAUACGGCCGGACGCCACUGUCAUUACUGCAAGGAGGGCUUUUACAGAGACAUGGCCAGACCGAUCUCUCACAGGCGAGCCUGCAAAGCCUGUGACUGCCAUCCUGUGGGCGCAGCAGGCAAGACGUGCAACCAGACCACAGGCCAAUGUCCCUGCAAGGACGGUGUCACUGGCAUUACCUGCAACCGCUGUGCCAAGGGCUACCAGCAGAGCCGCUCACCUGUGGCCCCCUGCAUCAAAAUCCCUGUGGUCAACCCCACAGCUGUGGUGAGCAGCACAGAGGAGCCAGCAGACUGUGAGUCCUAUUGUAAACCAGUGAAGGGCAACUUGAAGAUCAACAUGAAGAGGUUUUGCAAAAAGGAUUAUGCGGUCCAAGUGAACGUGCUGGACAUGGAGACAGUUGGGGACUGGGCCAAGUUCUCAGUUAGUGUGGUGUCAGUGUACAAAAGCCGAGGGGAACCCCUGAAGAGAGGUGACAACAUCCUGUGGGUGCAUAUGAAAGACCUGGCCUGCAAAUGCCCCAAAAUCCAGAUGAGCAAAAGAUUCUUGGUAAUGGGUGGCAUUGAAGGAGGAACAGGUUCAGUUGGGGGAGGAGGAGUCGGGCCUGGAGGCGGGGCUUCCAAUUCUGGGACGGAGCGCGUUGGCUUGGUGGCUGACAAGAACAGCCUGGUGAUCCAAUGGAGGGACCCUUGGAAGUUACGUCUGAGGAGGUUCCAACGCAAGGAGAAGAAUGGGAAAUGUGGCAAAGCGUGAUUGGAAAGCAGCACUCGUCACUACCUCUCCUUUUACCAAACACUUCCAUAAACUCUGACAGUUUUCCUUAUCUGAAUCAUUUCUCCACCUCUAAUGUGGGAACACUGCACAGUAUAAAAAAACUGCAUGUACCCUACCUGUUUUAAGGACCACAUUUUGUGUAUAUGUAUGAUGAUUUUCCUUUUGACUGUUCAAGGUUCAUCUUUGUUAUGCCACUUAUUUUGUCUGAUUGGUUUGCCUUAAAAAGGGACCAUAAAAAAGGGUUUGAAUAAUAGACAAGAGCAGCCUCCAUUCCCUGAAUUCAUGACUCGUCCACUUUCUACAACCUCUUCGACCUCCAACUGUUAAGACUUUCAACCUUCAAUGUUCUGAAAGAAAGAUUUUAUUUCACCUUGAUUGUCACCUAUGAAUUGACUGAUUUCAACAAGACAAGCUGCUCACCGCCUUGUGUUUUAUAAUUGAAAUCUACUCAGCUUUGAUCAGGACUAGCAGACAUCUAACUGACACAUGAGAUGGGCCUACUUGCUCCAAAUCUUCCUAGUGGCAUCUUCAACUCAUCCCAACAAGAUUCAAGGGCUCCCUUUGCAUGGAUAAACCUCCCCUUAUCACUGUUGCUGCCACAAGACAGUCCCCAUGUGGGAUCUUUUAUCUAUAAACAUGGGAUCCCAUUGCUCGUGAUACUUUUUAUGUUUCAUACGGCUACUUGUGAUCAUGUGCAUUCAUUUUUCAACCAAAUCUGCAUUUGGGAUCUGUAUAACUGAAAGCAUAAUAUACCCUUUUUUGUGUAUGUGAGUCAAAUUGUAGACAUGUGGGGCUGUGCCUCUUCACCACCGCUUCCUUUAAUGAAGUCAUGACUCAUUGCAUGUCACGACUUUCUGGACAAAAGAUUAAGUGGCAUGGACAAAUGGCUGGAGUUUAAAAACAAUACAGCAUUCCCAGAGACCUUUUUGCCUAAUGGAUAAUGUCUUCCGCUGGUUACCGUCUUCCAGAUGUUGCUGCGUGACCAACAUCAUUCUUUGUAUUUAACAUGUAUCUGUAGACUGACAGGAGUUUUCUUGCCAAAAUAAGAAGGGAGAGUUCCAUUUAUGCAGUAAAUAGAGAGGAGGGGAGAGGUAAACUCACGGCUGUGUUGUUCUCCAGUAUACUUUGACAAAAUGAAUGAGACUGGGAACGUUUUGGCCCUUGCUGAUUGUAUUAUGACAUGAGGGGAUCGUGUUCCACCUCUCAUGCGUUUUGUUUUGUUUGCAUGUUUGUGGUUUUUUGCUGGUCCAUCAAAACCUUACAGUUAGCAGAGAAGGGAAUAAACCAAUGUGAAGAUUUGAGGUCCCAAGGAAAGUUUCCCAAAUCAUCCACCACUUUUUCACCCUAAAGCAUAAACCUGCCAUUGUUUUUGCCAAGUAAGUAUAAUCAGAUUUUAUUCAAUUAGGAGACUAUGAAAAAAAUUCAAACCACCAAGAGACUCGCCUGGCUGUUCUCCAGUCUGUUACUACAAUCAUUAAAGGACAUUAAGAUGUGUACAGGAAUAGAUAAAGAUGUCCCAUUUUUAUUUUGAUAAUUUGUUUGGCUUGCCAGUUUUCUGAAAGGGUUUACACUUUGCUUUCAUCUGUGUGUCAGCCACCAGACUCCUCAAAUGAUCUGUUUAACUUGUAGUGCAUGUUGUGGAUUUCAUGUUAGAGUUAUGUGACAGCACGGGAGGGCCUCUGCCAGACCCCUCGGUGCUGCUUUGGUGAUGCGCUGUAGCUCUUUUGAGAAUAUAAGUAAAGACACCAAAUACUGUCCCCAUGCUCUGAUUAAAUAAGUGAUGCACCAACAUAAACAUUUUGGGCCGAUACCGAUAUCUGAUGUUAAAAUCACUGUAAUGGACAAUAACCGAUAUUUGCCGAUACUGAUUUACUGACAUUAAUGCUUCUAAAAUCAGCAGAUUUUGUAUGGAAAGAAAAUUAUUAAAGCUGAAUUUACAUUAUUGUGUACAGACACCACACACAUUUACUCCUCUGAGAUAAUUACAAUCAUUAUCACAUGACUAAACAAACACACUUCACCCCCUCUGACAAAGAUAAACAAAAGGAAACAAGCUGGAAAAAAUAUUGGUUUGUUAAAAUUGGCCCAGUUUUAUUUAUCGGACCGAUACGAUAUGUUAAAAAUUACUGACAUUGGCCAAUACACAUAUUGAUGCCGAUAUAUCGUGCAUCCCUAGAUUACCAUAAUUUCCGGACUAUAGAGCGCACCUCAAUAUAAGCCGCACCAGGCUAAAAGCCGCAGAUAUCUACCAGAUAUCUACUGAAUUGAAAACGUAGUUUAACUGAACGUAACUGAACUGAUCAGUAUCAAACAAAACAGAAAAGUUAUUAAUUAGUUUAUUCAUCGUCCUCCUGCGUACUGAAACCACUGAAAUCAUCUUCUUCUUCAGUGUCGGAGUUGAUCAGCCUCAGAAGAGCUUCGUCACAAACCUUUUCUGUGGUGAUGUCAGUGUCGCUGUCCGUGUUGCUGUCAUCAUCCCGGGGUGAAGCUGGGAAAACAAGCAGCGCCGUUUUCCUGUGAAAAAAAUCCUCCUGGGCGCCUUCCGUAGCACUCCUUUAACCAUUCCUUCAUUAGACUUUCCAGCAUCCAUCCUUUCUGGUUGACUAAAGCCGCACCUCAUUAUAAGCCGCAUGGUUCAAAGCGUGGGAAAAAGUAACAGCUUAUAGUCCGGAAAAUAUGGUUAAUCAUUGUUGUUUUUUUUUAAAUAAGAACACGAAUGGCAUGAUGGUUCUGUUAAACUGGUGAGAUUUUUCACAACAGUGUGCAUUUUUAUGAUUCAACAAAUCACAAACAAAAAUGGUGAACUUGGAUGUUUCCAAAAAAUAUAUUUAAAAUCUUGACAGAAACUUUCCAAGGAUAUUGAAAUAAGACAAAAAUGUUGAAUUAAAGUUAAUUUUGUCACAGUAGCAAGUAACAGCCUUCUCACCCUGAUAUUUGACUCCUCAUGAUGGAUCGGCCACUGCAGCACACUACAGUCUUCUUAAACAAUUUACUUUGAGUUUCACAUUUGCUCCAUUGGCUCCAAGGUCUCCCUCAUUUGAAGUGCCCACCCUGAAUGCUGGAACGUUAGAAUUCAUUUUGCUCUCACUGAAGCUAUUUAGUGAGUCUCACAGGGAGCGUUGUCCUGUUGUUUUACAUUAACAUGCCUGGGAGCUUGGCAGCAGAAGUGAGGUUUUACUUCAUUUUUAAACACCCCCCCCCCCCCC